AUGGCGGUCGAUGCAGUAAAUUAUCAAUUUGCUAUCGUAUUAUUUAAUGAUAAUACUGUAGAAAUAAUUCGCACUGACUGGGCUGAACUUGACGCGAAUGGAGAUGUGACAAGAAGCUUCUUCCCCUCAACAAAAAAUAAGAAAUUUCUUCAGGAUAUAUUGAAAAAUAAUCCCAUCCCAGAUAUAAAUUGGACAAACGAAGGUGAAAUGUGGCCUGUCAAAAAAACAUAUCGCUACUUUGAAACGUUAGAAGAGGCAGAAAAGAAUGUGGAGUAUUAUAUAAACCUAAGCGAUGUCGAGACAGACGACGAGAGAAAUCGUGAAAAAAUGAAAAAAUCAAGACAUCAACGUGCGAUUAAAAAUCCAUCUAACAGUGAUACGGACACCGAAUAUGAAGCUUCAAAAGCUGUAAAGAAAGAAAAAUUUGUGGCCUUAACUUCUUCAGAGGGAAACAAGAAAUUUAAAUUAACAUUUCAUCCCACUAUACCGGUUGAAAAAAUUGAUUUGGAUACAUCUUCGGCAUCUGCGAAGAUAGAGGAAGCCUUAACAGCUCCAAUCAAUGCAAAACCGCAUUCAAAUGCAGUUCUUAAUCUUGCUGACUUAGAUGCAUAUCAGAAAGUUAUGUUGACAAAAGUCACAAAAAUAGAAGUGUCUGUAGAUUUACUUGGUCGAAUGGCAAAAUCAAAUGGUAGCAAUACUAUUGUAAACGAUGUGACUUAUUCAUUUAUGCAUAAGGGGGAAGAGUUAAAAAUGUUUCCUCUAAAAAGUAAAGAGGAUUUUGACAGAACUGACCCUAAACUUGUACUAGACUCCGAAUUGUACAAAAUAGUUUACAGUGCGCUGAAGAAUGUAGGAAUAUAUAAUACACCCAGUUUAACAGUGUCAGCAAUGAUGGAGAAUGUAAUGACUUUCAAUCUGGGAAAGGAGUAUUGUUUAUCAGGAAAAAACAAGGAGAAACACAAAUUCAGCCUUACAAAUCUCUACAAGUUAAUUUCCAAAGCUGCUCUGGACUUAUUAAAGUGCAAGAAUGAAUCAAACAAGUCCAUUGAUGGUUUUCUUAGCAAUUGGCUAUCAAAUUGCACUCUCAGGAGUCGCAGACAAGAGGCUUCUGUACCAAAUGUAAUGGAAUUAUGAAAAUGAUUAUUUUUACAUAAAAAAUUUCCUUAAAAAGGGGUAUGAAUAUCUUUCUAAUGCUCGUAAACAAGUUCCCAGGAAAAGGGGGCUAUGAGUUACGUCCACUACAGGUCUGUUCAAAAAGUGGACAUCCAAUCUAAGAUGAAUUCUUAUUAUUAUUCUUUACCAUUGUACACGAAAUAUAAAUUUUUUUUGCAAUAAAAUAUUUGCAAAUAAAACUA